AUGCCCGACCCCCGCACCUUCCUCGACGCGGCGCUGCCGUUUGUGAAGACUCUUCCUGAGUGCGCCGACUUCAGCAAGACGGUCGAGCCGUUCCUUCCCCAGCUUUACGACCUGCCUUACAGAGUCGCUGCGCAUAUCACCGACCCACAGGGAUUGCAGGAGAUAUACCUUGCGACGAACCCGCUUAUCUCAUCGCUGGCUUUCGCCCUGUUCCUCUCGCCUAUCGUGUGGAUCCUAUCUGAGAUCAACAAGAACUACUCGCAGGUUGACCGUCUGUGGAGCAUCCUGCCCGCCUUCUACAAUGUCCACUUUGCACUCUGGGCAUACUUCAAUGACCUCCCAUCGGUCCGUCUGAAUCACGUCAUGGCCGUUUCUGUCCUCUGGAGCGCACGCUUGACCUUCAACUACUGGCGUAAAGGCGGAUACACAGUCGGAAGCGAGGAUUACCGGUGGCCAAUCGUCAAGGACUUUGUCGGGCCUACUGGGUUUUUCAUCUUUAACAUCGCAUUCAUUGCCUUGGGACAAAACAUUCUGCUCUGGCUAAUCAGCACCCCAACAUACGUUCUCCUUCUUAGCUCUCGUGUCGCUGGUGCCGAGCUGUCGUCAUGGGAUACGUUCUUCGGCCGCACAAUGCUUGUUUUUGUUGUGUUUGAAUGGUUCGCCGACCAACAACAAUGGAACUUCCACCAGGCCAAGGCCGCGUACAGCAAGACCGCCAAGGUCCCGUCUGAGUACAAAUACACCCGAGAACAACUUGACCGUGGCUUUAACACAUCUGGCCUCUGGGCAUGGUCGCGCCACCCCAACUUCUUGGCCGAGCAGGCCUUCUGGGUAUGCCUGUACCAGUGGUGCUGCUUGGAAAGCUGGACAUACUACAACUGGACUGGUGCCGGAGCGAUGAGCUACUUGAUCUUGUUCCAGGCUAGCACAUGGCUUACCGAGCUUCUCAGUGCUGGAAAGUACCCUGAGUACAAAGUCUACCAGUCGCGCGUCGGCAGAUUCUUUCCAAAGGCCAACACCAAAAACAUGGCAGCUCCACUCACCGCCAAGGAGAAGAAGAAAGUGCAGGAUGCCAAGGUCGGCAAGGGAUCGCUGAAGAAGUGA